CGGCACACACCGUUUUUGUUCUACAGUUUGCACUUCCUCGAAGUAAAGAAGUUCUUACUCCAAAAAUAUUUAUUAAAGUGUUUUGAGAACAAAUUUUGGUCCGAAAUUGGUUGGAGGGUAUGAGAUCUGGUAUGCUAUAGUUCCCAAGAGUCUCUUUACUUGCAAGCUUCGUUCAUUCUCUCUAAUCUGUACACAUGGAUCCCAACCAGCCUGUGGGUGAAAACUACGCUAAUCCCAGGACUUGCUUCUUUCAUGUCCUCUUCAAGGUUUUGUUUAUCCAAUUGUGCUCUUUAAUAUGUAUUUUUAUCCAAGCCAUGUUCAUUUCAUUAUGGCAUAACUUUUUCUCUGGUAUCUUGCAGGCCGCAUCCUUGGCAUUUUAUAUUCUCUCGGCCCUCUUUAUCGAUAACUUUGUCAUCAUUUUUGUGGUGACUGUCCUUCUUGCUGCCCUUGACUUUUGGGUAGUCAAGAAUGUGAGUGGGCGAAUUUUAGUUGGUUUGAGGUGGUGGAAUGAAAUCAAUGAUCUGGGUGAGAGUGUUUGGAAAUUUGAGUGUCUUGACCAUGAGUCAUUGUCUCGGAUGAACAAGAAAGAUUCUUGGCUUUUCUGGUGGACCCUGUACCUUACGGCUAUUGCAUGGAUUUUUCUGGCAAUAUUCUCGCUCAUAAGGCUUCAAGCUGAUUAUCUCCUUGUUGUUGGAGUUUGUCUGACCCUCAGCAUUGCAAAUAUUGUUGGUUUUACCAAAUGCAAAAAAGAUGCCAAGAAGCAGAUUCAACAAUUUGCCUCUCAGACAAUUGCCACUCGGUUCUCAUCUACCCUACAGUCAGCAUUCAGUGUCGUCUGAUUAUGAAAGAUGAAGUACAAGUUGAAUUGAGAUGCGGUGGAAGUUUGUACAUGAUUAUACAGCACGUGCAAAGUUUUGUACUUUUAUAUUAAAUGGCUUGAAUGAGACUUUUAUGAUCGAAUAGCAAAACAGUUCUUUUUAGGCGUAAAUCAUGUUUUUUCUUGUAUUCUUUUUCCAUUGAAGGAUAUUCAAUAUUGACUGCAAAAAAAAUCCUUACGGCAUAUAUAAUCAGGAUAUUGACUCAUGGAAGUGAAUGAUAAUAUAUAUUCACUGAAAAGAAUAUAUGCAGAACUUGCAUAAAAUUUAUGAUUUAAUUUUAA